AUGCCACAUCUGCGCUCGCAUGGACCGCCACCACCAGUCAAGGAGUCUUCAUCUCAAUUGGGCCAAGGCCCUCAGGUUACUUCUUCAUCCUCUUCUCGUUUUCCCAAUUUCGAUUCCACCCCAUUACCCACCCCACCUCCUACACCACCACCUUCGCCAAACCAUUCACCUAAAACCUCACCUAAGGUUUCUCCACCCGAUAGUCCUACUUCUAGUACCUCUAGUAAUCUAGAAAACUUAGAAUCAAUGGCCAACCCUAGGCAAACCGUCCAUCAGCAAGCCACCCAAAAUUUCACCGGCCUCCCUUCACCCAUCACCGUUCCACCCAUAGUCAACGAAAACUCAUGGCAGAUUCCAUCUUAUGCCAUGCAAGCCAUCACCAAUACCAUUCAAUUCCAUGGCCGAGACGAUGAGGACGCCCCGGCCCACAUCAACCGUUUCUCUCGUAUAUUAGCUACCUUUAGCCUUCACGGUGCACCCAAUGAUGCCACCUACUUACAGCUUUCCCGUUUUCACUAG